GUUCCAAAAAUCAUUUCUCACUUACACUAUGUCAUAAAUGAUAAUGGUAGUGUAUGUAUCGAUAAGUUAAGAAUGGAUAGAAAUGCCUUUCACACUUUAGUUCUCUUAACUAAGGAUGUUGGAGGUCUGACUGAUAGUAAAAGUAUGUCAAGCAGCGAAAAAUUAGCAAUGUUUUUAAAUAUCUUGGCUCAUCAUGAGAAAAAUAGAUCCAUCAAGGUUGAUUAUAUUAGAUCGGGAUGGAGCGUAAGUCAGGCUUUCAAUGAAUGCUUGAGUGCUAUUCUCAAACUAGCUCCAUUGCUACUUGUUAAUCCUAAACCGGUACUUGAGGAUGAGAUUGAAGAUCGAUGGAAAUGGUUUGAGGGUUGUUUAGGUGCACUAGAUGGUACUUACAUUCCCAUUAGAGUUCCAAUCCAACACAAACCAAGAUAUAGAACAAGAAAAGGAGAGAUAGCAACUAAUGUUUUGGGAGUUUGUGAUAGAAAUCUCAAUUUUACUUAUGUAUUACCUGGAUGGGAAGGUUCAGCUGCCGAUGGUCGUGUAUUACGAGAUGCUAUAGUACGAAGGAAUGGUUUGAAAAUUCAUGAGGGUAGGCCUUUUAUAUGCUUUCAAGUUACAUUAUAGAAAGAAUGGUACUAGUAACUAAAUUAUAUGUUUAUAUUAUAGGUAACUAUUAUUUGUGUGAUGGAGGAUAUACGAAUGGAAAAGGAUUUCUUUCACCUUAUCGAGGUUAUAGAUAUUGGUUAAAGGAUUGGCGCGGCGAUAAUCCAUCGCCUCGAUGUAAAGAAGAGCUUUUCAACAUGAGGCAUGCUAGAGCUCGUAAUGUAAUUGAAAGGGCAUUUGGUUUGUUGAAAGGACGUUGGGGAAUUCUUAGAAGUUCUUCAUGGUACUCGGUUAAGAUUCAUAACAGGAUCAUUAGUGCUUGUUGCUUGAUUCAUAAUUUCAUUCGUAGAGAGAUGGAAGUGGAUCCCUUAGACAUUGAUAUAGAAGAACAAAUGGAGUAUCAACAUGAGAAUAUUGAUGUUAUUGAAUCGUCGGAGGAGUGGACCACUUGGAGGGAUGAGUUGGCUCAAUCAAUGUGGAAU